CCUCCCGCCCCCGGAGGUCCACGGUGGUCUCCGCGCUGGGGCGGAAGCCCAGGGACGGCUUCUGUGUGUAGGGGGCGCCACUUUGCCCGUGGGUCGCAAGGAGUUACAAGGACUUGUCACUCCUCCAGGCCUUGGCUUUCCUCAGAGUUUCAAGGGCCUUGUUGCCAUAGCAGUUUCCAACCCUAGAGAGUCUCCUGUAAGGCCCAGGGGAGUCUGGGCCGGGUAGGGAUCGGGUUACCCAGAAGUCUGGAGGGUAAGAGCCCCCAAUACUACCUUCCCGACCUUGGAGAGUAACCAGAGCUUCCUCCUGGGAAAAGCAAGAAGAGACACUUUGAGCCCAGUCCCCCAGCUUUCAUCGGUCCCUGGAAGCCCUGCCCAACCAAGCCAGGGGAACGCAGGGCGUCUUCACCCCGCGCCUUUCAUCCCCUUCCGAUCUCCAAGCACCAACUGGUUCAUCACCCUAAUGACGCUGACCCUUUUAUGAAGCUGCUUUCAUGUCAACCGCCUGAGACUGCCAUCUCAGCAUUAAGCCUAAGGAGGGUAGCACGGCGCCCCAGUCCCUGCCCUGGAGUUUAUAAGGUCAAAGGCAAACUAUGGGGAAGAGCUGCAAGGUGGUCGUCUGUGGCCAGGCAUCUGUGGGCAAAACUUCAAUCCUGGAGCAGCUUCUAUAUGGGAACCAUGUAGUUGGUUCUGAGAUGAUUGAGACACAGGAGGACAUCUAUGUGGGGUCCAUUGAGACAGACCGGGGUGUGCGGGAACAAGUGCGUUUUUAUGACACCCGGGGACUCCGAGAUGGGGCUGAGCUGCCCCGGCACUGCUUCUCCUGCACUGACGGCUACGUCCUGGUCUACAGCACGGAUAGCCGAGAGUCCUUUCAGCGUGUAGAGCUACUCAAGAAGGAGAUUGACAAAUCAAAGGACAAGAAGGAGGUCACCAUCGUGGUCCUCGGCAACAAGUGUGACCUGCAGGAGCAGCGGCGUGUGGACCCAGAUGUGGCUCAGCAUUGGGCCAAGUCAGAGAAGGUGAAGCUGUGGGAGGUAUCGGUGGCCGACCGUCGCUCCCUCCUGGAGCCCUUCAUCUACCUGGCUAGCAAGAUGACCCAGCCCCAGAGCAAGUCCGCCUUUCCUCUCAGCCGCAAGAACAAGGGCAGUGGCUCCUUGGAUGGCUGAAGAGCUGCCAUCACUUCAUCGCCCUUCCAGCCCCAUCCCAGUUUCUGGGGCUCGGGAAGAUGAGCUGGCGGGGGAAAGCGGGGUAGGCAAGGUAUCUUUCCGAAGGUCAGCAGAGCAGCUCCCCACUAGGCCAGCCAGCUGGGCUGUCGGGGUCUCAGGCCACCUUUGCUCCCUCCCAGCUCUGGGAAGUGCAAAUAAUCUAGAUUAGUCCUCCCCCCAACCCCACUUCCAGUCCAGCUUUCAUCAUACCUGCUUCACUGUGACCUGGGACAGCUGUAGGUCAGUGUCCCUCCCACCUCCCCCAAACAGAAGCAGAGCAACCAUUCAGAAGUGCCAAGUCUAGGGUCUGGUUCGUAUUACUCGGACCCCAGCCCCUGGACUUCCUGCCAGCAACACACGCAGAGUUAUGACAGCAGCCUGGACUCCAGGGAAACGUCUAGGCAUCGUAGAUGUGCAUGUGGAUGUGCACACAUGCGUGUGUAUGCUGGUGUUAGGGAGCGUCUUCAACAGACACCCGACCUUUCUCCUGUCUUUCCCUUAGCUGGAAGAAGGUAGCCUCCUGGGAAGUGUUUUAACUCCUUUCCCCAGAUGUUUCUUUUCCUGCUCAGGAAAGCAGAUGGGCCUCAAUGGUUGAGGUGGAUUGGAAAAAUGGCUGGGAGUCACCAGCUGGCUUGGUGACCUAGUAAGGCCUUUACUCUUUCUGGGCUUUACUUUCUCAUCUAUAAGGUGAUGGGAGUUGACUAGAUGAUCUUUUAGAUCCUUUCCAGCUCUUUGAUUUUAUAAGGCCCUUGGCUUUCGGCCAUCUGUGACUAUCUAUACCCCUUGCUGCUUCCUCUUCAAGGUGCUAUGCCUACCAGCCAGGGAGGCUGGGACACUACUCUCCUUUCAGCCACCAGGGGGCAGGAGUGCACUAUCCAGUCUUAGUUGCCACUGUGGCCACUCAGUGCCCAAUCAGCCAGUCUUCACACCUACCCCACUUCCCCGUGGGGGCUGGUCUUUACUCCUUCCCCGGUUGUUUUAAGCUAAUGGCUAGACUUCUAUUUAUAAAUUACUUGUAUUUAUAUGCCUGCCACCGUGGUGAAGGCUAGCCAAGGUGCUCCUUUAGCCCUUCCUUCUUACCUCAGAUGCCUGAACAGAACAGGCAGACCAAUAGCACCUUCCAGGGAGCUGACUGGACUCCUGUCAGGACUCGUAUGGGUUGUGAGCUUAUAACCCACAGCUUGUGCCUACUUAAUACUUCUGAUGUACACACCUAGCACAGGUGAAACACUAUAGCAAGGCAAACUCCAGUACACGCCUUUUCUCCCCCAAACAGGAGAGCUAAGAAGGGGCAGGUGACCUUGGGCUGGGCAGGUAGGGCACGUACAGGCUCCGGUGUAAAGUUCAUUUAUUGAUGAUUGGACACAAUAAAAUCACAAC